ACACAUUCUGCACGUUCCACAUGCGCUUCAGGUGCGCUCGGAUAGUCUCGCGCUCGUGAUGGUCCCUCACACAGAGCGAUCAUAAGAGCAGAGCAGAGCCCACCAACAGACCAUAUCUUCUGCAUGUGCCAUUAUUUAUCCGUCUUUUGAAGGACGAGGAUGUGCCAUUAGAUAUCACUUUAAAAAACUUCCUUUGAUUUGAAUGCACCAAGCUCAGGAUAAAAUGCCGUUUCUUCAGCUUGCACUGGACACGCAGUUGGAGACUUUGGCUGCCGAGCAAGUGGUGCCGGCUCUGUUGGACAGAGGAUUCUUUUACGUGGAUCAUUUUCUGGGGGACAUCGCGGGACACAUGGUUCUGGGUCAGGUCAAACGCAUGCAUUGCUGUGGGCUUCUCAACGAUGGGCAGCUGGCCGGGCGAAGCAAUGGAGUUUCCCGAAGGAACAUCAGAGGGGAUAAAAUAACAUGGGUUAACGGGACCGAGAGGGGCACGGAGGCUGUCAACUUCUUAUUAACACUCAUAGACAAACUCAUUUCUUUAUGUGUGGGUCAACUCGGCAAAAGUAUUCGUGCAAGGUCAAAGGCAAUGGUGGCUUGUUAUCCAGGAAACGGAGCCGGAUACGUGAAACAUGUAGAUAACCCUAAUGCAGAUGGCCGCUGCGUCACCUGUAUUUACUAUCUGAAUAAAAACUGGAAUGCCAAGGAGCACGGGGGAUUGCUACGGAUCUUUCCUGAAGGGAAAUCUUACGUAGCCGACAUCGAGCCUUUGUUUGAUCGACUUCUGCUUUUCUGGUCAGAUCGUAGGAACCCUCAUGAAGUUCAACCGUCGUAUGCUACAAGGUAUGCAAUCACUGUGUGGUACUUUGAUUCAGAGGAAAGAGCUGAAGCAAAAAGAAAAUUUAGAGAUCUGACAGCCACCUCACAGGAAGGUUCAUCAUCUUAACAUCAUCUUAACUAGCCUGUCUCCUCUGAGAGGAUUUCUUUUGUCUAUUGUCUUAAUUCUUUGCUAUUUUUUUCUAUUUUUGAAUUGCUUGUUGCACUAAUGGUACCUCUCCCUCCACUUUGUAUAUAUACUUGGAUCCGGUCCUCCUUACAAUCAGUGAAGAGUCGUUUGAAUAACACGCUGCUAAUGUAAAGACAAUUUUGUGAUAAAAUGUAUAAUUUCUUAAUACUGAUUAAUGAACUAUUAGAUGUUUACUGUAAUCAAAUUGUUCUUUAUUCAAAACCUUUUCAGAACUAUAUGGUCUAUUUAAAGAAAAUUAACAAAUGAUAGAUGAGAUAAGAAAUAUUACUCUAGUGAUUGUUUGUUUUAGAAAUGGCAAC